CUUGCAGUGACAAAAAAAACUUUUCCAGAGGGAACAAUCCCAGUUUUCCUCCCCCUCUGUACAUCACACAAGCCAUAUCGGCAAAGCGACGAGACGUAAGCGCCGAAAUGUCUCCUCCGUCUAGAAGACUGCAGACCAAACCUGUUAUAACAUGUCUGAAGACGUUUCUUAUUUCUUACAGCCUGAUAUUUUGGUUCACAGGGGUGAUCCUUUUAGCAGUUGGGGUUUGGGGAAAGGUUAGCCUGGAGUCCUAUCUCUUGCUAGCCUCAGACGUGAGCACCAAUGCACCAUAUGUCCUAAUUGGCACUGGUGCAAUCAUCGUCAUCUUUGGCCUGUUCGGUUGCUUCGCCACCUGCCGUGGUAGUCCAUGGAUGCUGAAACUGUAUGCUAUGUUCCUUGUUCUGGUGUUCUUGGCUGAACUUGUAGCAGGCAUUUCUGGCUUUGUUUUCAGACAUGAGAUCAAAGCAGUCCUUAAUGACGUAUACUGGAAUGCUGAAAAAAAUUACAAUACUACAGAUGGCAGAAACCAAGCAGUGGAUUCCAUGCAGAGUUCUCUGAAGUGCUGUGGUGUGUACAACUACACUAGCUGGGAAAAGACUGAGUACUUCAAGCGGGGUGGCAUACCGAAAAGCUGCUGCAUGCCACUCCCUAAUUGUACCACUGAAAAUCUCAAAGAUCUUCACUUGGCUCAAACAGUGGUAUACCAGCAGGGCUGCUUCUCCCUUGUGACAACUGUAAUGGAGUCUAAUUUGGGAAUCAUUGCUGGGAUAUCUUUUGGUAUAGCUUUCUUUCAGCUUAUCGGUGUGUUCCUGGCAUGCUGCUUAUCACGCUACAUCACCAACAACCAGUAUGAAAUGGUCUAGGAAUUUCAGAGUGGAAACACAAGGUCACCCAUGAAAUACACCACAAAGGGAAGCCAUAACUUUUUAGAACCGUCUUUCAUUUUAGAAAAAAACUUUGAGAUACAUUUUAAGGGGUUACCACGAUAACUAGAAGGGAGUUAUUUAAUUUUCUAUAUUGGGGAUAAUUUUUUUUUCACAAUUAUUCAUCUUGAUGCAAUUACGUGCCUUUUGUCAUUUAUUAGUGGAUUACGAAAAGGAUUCACAGAAAGUGAAACUUGUGCAGGUUUCAGCCAGUGUUAAAUGUGUAAAAUUGAUGGUAUAUACGUUAACUGACUUGUCCUUGUUCGUUGGUCUUAAUAUCAUACUUUUUUUUUUUUUUCAGUUUAGUAAACUGCCAGUUGUAUUUACUAACAGUAGGUCAAAAUGAAUUAUAUUGAUAUGGGAUGGCAUUGUAUAGUCAAGACUUAAUUCCUAUAAUCUUGCCUUAACAAAAAUGUUGAACCUCAGAACCCUUCUGUGUGUGGACAUUUAAUAUGAAUAUUUUAAGGUUCACUGAGGUUCCACAUUUGAUAGAAGAUUCACUGAUAUUAGGCACAGUGAUCUAUAUUAAAGACAGUCAAUGUAUUAUAAAUAUGCUUUUUUUCAUUAAUUGGCUUUAUUAUUAUUAUAAUGUAUUUGGUUAAUGCACAGUUUCUACAACACAACUGAGGCCACAUCUGCCCAGUUAGAGUGCUUACUCCAAAAUUAAUCCAGUGUUCUGCUCUUUUUUUCCCCCUUUUUUUGUGAAACACUGACAUUUUCAAGAUUGCUGGAGCAACACAUAACCUGGUUAUUACAUUCCAUUGUUUUGUAGGUUUAAAAUUAACAUUUUAAAGCAUGUUUCGUUGUUCUCUGUCAACAAUUCAGUGUUAAUAGCUUGCAUUGAGUUGUGCGAACAGCAUGUAUUAUACAUCCAAACAAAUAAACAAGUGUAUGAUA